GGGUACCUCGCUUGCGCAGCCUGGAGCCCGCGCUGGGCCCAGCACGACCCUGCCUUGGCUGCUGCCCCCCCGAGUCUCCAGCGCCGCCGGACCCUCACGCCGCCGCCUUCUCUCCAGCCCAGCGCCGCCGCGGCCGCUACCUCCUGCCGAGCAUUUUCCAGCCCCCAAGCCCUGAGAAUCAGUUCUGGGAUGUAACAGAGCAAGCGGACAUUAUUCUGGGACCAGCAAGCCUGCGUCACUGCAGCCACCACACUACAUGGCAGCCAGACCCGGUCCGUUUGGAAUGCCUGGGAUGGUGCCGCCGCAUGUCCCUCCUCAGAUGCUCAACAUUCCGCAGACCUCUCUGCAAGCAAAGCCCGUGGCCCCACAGGUGCCCAGCCCAGGGGGCGCCCCGGGCCAGGGUCCAUACCCGUACAGCCUCUCUGAGCCAGCACCUCUCACGUUGGACACGAGCGGGAAGAAUCUGACGGAGCAGAACAGCUACAGCAACAUUCCUCACGAAGGGAAGCACACGCCGCUGUAUGAGCGGUCCUCGCCCAUCAACCCGGCCCAGAGCGGCAGCCCCAACCACGUGGAUUCCGCCUGCUUCCCUGGCUCUUCUACAUCGUCAUCUUCCGACAACGACGAGGGCAGCGGAGGGGCGACAAAGGUGUGCUGUCCUUGGCUCUUAUUUCAAAGCAGGUCGAAAAGGGAAACCCAUGCCUGUCAACAUUCCCUAAGCCCGCUGUGCUGCCUGAACAGCCCACAUUUGGGAAAUGAGAGGACAAGGAUGAGUCUGAUUCCCAGACUGAGAAUGAACCAGGUGACUGGUCAUGCCAGCCUGGGAAACUGGGACAUCUGGGAAGACCCUACGAAGCUUGGGAGCGACAUCGUCUUACAACGUGGAGCAUCUUCAAGAUGACUUUGAGGAUCUGCAUGGAGAGGGGAGAGGCAGUUGGAUUUACGGGUCUGGAAGCUCACAGAACCUUGAGCUGGAGAUCAAAUUUGGAGGGCUUGGGCUCAAAAGGAUCAACUCUUAGGAACUGCUGUUGUUCCAAAGCCCUCCUGCCCCAGCCCACACAGCCUCAGUGGGAGGCAGAACCAGCUGGCUGUGGCUGUGAUCCCUGAAGCCCAGGACCCUGGUCCCUGCUGUCCACUCAGUGAGAAAUGAACGAUUCUUCACAGAGUUGCAUGGGACAGCAUUGCCUCCCCCUCCAGCCUGGCCUCAGGCAGCCUUCAACCCCAGUAUCCUCUAAGGGUGAGGGACUCUUCUCCGCACCUCCGCAGGACUGCAUGAGCCACCAUCAGCACAGUGAUGCCUGUGGCAUGCGGGCCUUCUGACCCCUCUCAAGGGCAAGUCUAAUAAAGUCAAGUUCAGGGACCACAACCACCAUGUGUACAGAGUGGUCACCACUGCUGAACUCCCUUAACCACCUGGAAGGCAGGCGUCCCGGCCCAGGCUUAACUGCAUUCUCCAAUGAAUGAAGACAGGAUUCUGGGUGGUUUAUUUUUUGUUUUUGUUUUUUUUCAGUUUGUUUUAGAGACAGGGUCUCACUCUGUCACCCAGGCUGGAGUGCA